AAACUCGCUGUUUCUGGCUCAAGAUCGCAUUUUUAGUUGCUGAAGCUAAUAAGCCAAAAAAUUUCAGUUCACAGAAGAUCUGGUCUCCAACUUCAGCUAAAACUGAAAAAUAAAUAAAUAAUGGGAAUACAAGGGCUAUUGCCUCUAUUGAAAUCGAUAAUGUUACCGAUUCAUAUCAAAGAGCUUGAGGGUUGUUGCGUGGCUGUUGAUACCUAUUCUUGGCUCCACAAAGGUGCUUUGUCUUGUAGCAGAGAGCUCUGCAAGGGCUUACCCACCUUCAGGCACAUUGAGUAUUGCAUGCAUAGAGUAAAUUUGUUGCGGCAUUAUGGUGUUAAACCUAUUCUAGUCUUUGAUGGAGGUCAUCUACCAAUGAAGAUUGAACAAGAGAACAAGCGUGCUAGAGCAAGGAAGGAAAAUCUUACACGUGCCAUCGAGUGUGAAUCAGAUGGGAAUUCUUCUGCUGCUUAUGAGUUCUACCAAAAAGCUGUUGAUAUUUCACCUUCAAUUGCACAUGAGCUGAUUCAGGUUUUAAAGAAGGAGAAUGUAUGUUAUGUUGUGGCUCCUUAUGAAGCUGAUGCCCAAAUGACCUUCUUGGCAAUCAGCAGACAGGUUGAUGCAAUUAUCACUGAAGACUCUGAUCUUAUAGCUUUUGGCUGCCCUAGAAUCAUCUUUAAAAUGGACAAAUACGGGCAAGGUGUUCAAUUUCAGUAUUCCAUGCUACAGAAAAAUAAGGACCUCAGUUUUGCAGGAUUUACGAAGCAAAUGGUUCUUGAGAUGUGCAUCUUGAGUGGUUGUGACUAUUUGCAGUCACUGCCAGGAAUGGGCCUGAAAAGGGCUCAUGCACUUAUUAGUAAGUUCAAAAGUUAUGAAAAGGUUAUUAAGCACCUGAAGUACAGUACAGUUUCAGUUCCUCCUUCACAUGAAGAAUCAUUCAAAAAAGCACUAUUGACUUUCCAGCAUCAACGGGUUUAUGAUCCAAUCACUGACAAUAUUGUACAUUUAUCUGACAUAUCUGGCAGCAAUGAUGAUGAUUUGGACUUUUUAGGCCCAUUGAUACCACAGCAUAUAGCUAAAGGUAUAGCACAAGGUGAUCUUGACCCCUUUACUCAAAUGCCAUUCCAGGUUGCCAGCGAUAGUUCUCAGCUUGUGCUUGACAAAAGUUCACACCAUAAAAAUUUUAGGCCUAAAAGUGAGAGGAAAAAGCUUGAUUUGCCUGUGCAGAAGAAUCUCCUGACUAAGUAUUUUUGCUUUGCAUCUCUUGAAGCAAAGAGAAAAUUUAGGGCCCCACGUAUGUCACCUGUUGUUCCAAAUUCAGAGGGUUCCUCUUCCCUCAGCCCUGAGGAACAUGUUACUGUAGAGGGGGAUUCUUAUGAAAUAAAUUGCUCAAUGCCAUCCCCAGUAAACUCUGAAAAUGACAAAAAUGGUUUUGCAUCUGAAGUUCCUGGCUCAGAAUCCGUACGGCAUGAUGUGGUGGUUAAGAGAAGCCCAGAACAUACUUUGCUUCCUCAAUCUGAUAUUUCAAUACGUAAACCUUCUCUACCAUUGCAAAAGGAGCUUGAAAGUAAAGAUUUUACUGAUGCAGUAGAGGGCAAGACAAGAAUGGAGGGCAGAAAGGUCAUCAUAAGAAGUUCAUAUUUUCAGCAUAAGCAAGUGAUUAAGAAUGAUCAGGAGAAUGAACCAGAAAAGCUUCUAGUUGAGGUUGAUGGUGCCAUUGAUAUAUCUGAGAAUGUCAAUCUUGGGUUUACUUCUGAGGAUAGCUGUCCCCAGGGCACAACUGUAAAAAGGAAGACUUUGUUAAACGACAGUGUGCAAAAAGAAAAUGUGAGAGCAAAGCACAUGCGUGCAAGUACAUCUCUUCCUACUGAUGGUUGUUGUGAUCCUAGCUUUAACAAAAGAUCUAUGGAGACAAGAACUGAUGAAGGAAAGUUUGGUUCCGACAUUUCACACUUAGGCCAUUAUUCUGAAAUAGCAGAGAAAUCAAUGGAAAAAUUUGUUUCUGUGGUAUCAUCAUUCAGGUGUUCCUCAUCUGGUUCUCGUGCUAGUGGUCUUCGUGCUCCUCUCAAAGACUUGCAGAACACUUGUACCAAGCGGUCAUCUACUGCAUUGGAUUUGGGUCAGUUUGCUUUUGUACCUAAUAGCCGGAAAUCUGCCUUACCAUCGCGGAGAUUUUGAAUUUGGAUACUACUUAAGCAGAAUUUUAUUGCCUGGGCAUCAUUGUGCUGUCAGGGCAGGAGCUUUAAGUCCAUUUUCCUUUGGAAACAGUGAGUGGCACUAUUCAAUCUUCUUCUUGUUCUAUUUUGGCUUGUUCUGUGAUUGGUGUUUCUACCUUUUAUUAGGACUGAUUUUGCAUAAAGGCUGAUUCUGCAUGGACUGGAUUAAUCAAGGCCUUUGGUUCUAUUACCACCACAGCCGUGUAAGUUGAGAUGUCAUUGCUGCAUGUCUCGUGUUUUCAUUUUUAUGAAACUCCUGUAAUUUUUAUUGCCAUAUUGAUCACCAUUCCGGAUUCGUAUGUCAUAGUUGAACACAGAAUUAGUAGCAAGCCAUUCUUUGUAAAAUGCCAGUGUGUAUCUUACUGAUAUUGAAAGAUUAACUUGUGACAUACAUUGGUUCUUGUUGAUGUUCUAUGGUCAUGAAAAAUCCUCUUCUGAUGAAA